AUGGCCGAAAUCACACACCCAACCAUCGUCGACGGCUGGUUCCGCGAGAUCUCGCACAUGUGGCCCGGGCAGGCUAUGACACUCAAGGUCAACCAGAUCCUCCACCACGAAAAGUCCAAAUACCAAGAUGUGCUCAUCUUCGAGUCCUCCGACUACGGCAUGGUGCUCGUGCUCGACAACGUCAUCCAAUGCACCGAGCGCGACGAGUUCAGCUACCAGGAGAUGAUCACGCACCUGGCGAUGUUCGCGCAUCCCAACCCGCAGCGCGUGCUCGUGAUCGGGGGCGGUGAUGGAGGUGUGUUGCGGGAAAUUGUCAAGCACGAUUGCGUGGAAGAGGCGACGUUGGUGGAUAUUGAUGAGGCGGUGAUACGGUUGAGCAAGAAGUUCCUGCCGGGUAUGAGCGUGGGGUUUCAGCAUCCAAAGGUCAAGGUGCAUGUGGGCGACGGGUUUGAGUAUCUGAAGCAGCAUACGGAUGAGUACGAUGUGAUUAUCACGGACAGCAGUGAUCCGGACGGGCCAGCGGAGAGCUUGUUCCAGGCGUCGUAUUUUGAAUUGUUGAACAAUUCGCUGAAGGAGGGUGGCAUGAUCACAACACAGGGCGAAAACCCAUGGCUGCACAUGGACUGGAUCCUGCCCCUCCGCAAAGCCUGCAAGUCCAUAUUCCCCGUCGCCGAGUACGCCUGGACGAGCAUACCCACCUAUCCCAGCGGACAGAUGGGCUUCAUGGUGUGCGGUAAGGAUCCCAAGCUCGAUGUCAAGAAGCCGUCGAGGGCGUGGAGUCGGGAUGAGGAGGACAAGCAGUUCAAGUACUAUUCGAAGGAGGUUCAUGAGGCGGCGUUCAUCCUGCCGAAGUUUGCGGAGAAGGUGUUGCGGUGA